AUGAGUUCUUCGGUCCCCAUGCCCCUGGCUCCCGAGCUGCGACAGGCCUUCACUGCCGGCCACCGUGCCAUUACUGUACAAAUAGUCGAUGAAAACCUGAAGCUGGGCGCCACCCUGCCCAAGGGUAGCUCGGAGGCCGCAGACUUUGACAAGCUGAAGGGCCUGGUGUCGGCCGACGCGCCGUGCUACCUCCUCUUCCACCUGUCGUCGCCCUCGGGCUGGCUCAUCAUCACCUACAUCCCCGAGACCGUCAAGGUGAGCGACAAGAUGGUCUACGCCGCCACCAAGUCCCGCCUGAAGACCGAGCUCGGCAACCACACUUUGUCGACGAGAUGCACGCCAACGAACCCUGAUCUGGUGUGGUCGAGCUACGCGGGCGCCAAGGCCUCGCCGGUGCCCUACAGCCGCAGGGAGAAGGCCGUCCACGCCCUCGUACGCUCCUCUCGCCUUGACAAGUACUCGCGGGCUGGCGCUGACGUGGUGGUGGUGGUGGCGGCGGUGGUGGGGGCACACGUGCAGGACAAGGCGGAGGCCGACGCGCGGGUGGAGUUCAACACGCACAGCGGCAACAAGUCGUCGGGUUACCACACGGUGACCCUGCCCUUCACCGAAUCCGCCACCGCCGCCCUGGAGGAGCUCAAGCAGGGCACCGUCAACUUUGUCGAACUGAAAAUUACGGAGGCGAAGAACAGCAUCGAGGCGGUGGGCACGAAGACUGUCGAGGUGUCGGAGCUCUCGUCGGUGCUGCCCGAGGACGAGCCCCGCUUCUGCUUCUUCCACUGGGCCAACGCGCCCGCCAUCAGUGCUGCCAGCGCCGCCGCCAGCGCGACCACCCGCUCCACCGUCACACCCAUCACCGGCUCCUCCGUCUCGUCCCUCUCCGCCAGAUUCGAGAACACCGGCUCUUCUUCGGGCCAGUCCUACAACCAGACGGGCGGCUACCGUGCGGCCGGCGGUUUCGUCGCCCCGGGCGGCCUGCGCAACUCGGGAUCGACCGCCACCGCUACCGCCUCGUCGUCGUCGUCCUCCGCCUCGGCGAGUGCUGUCAACACCUCCAAGAUCUUCUUUAUCUACUACUGCCCCGACAAGUCGCCGCCCCAGCUGCGCAUGGUCUACUCCACAGCCAAGCCCGCCGUGGCUUCGUCGGCGGAGCCAAUCGUGGGUCAGAUAAGGCGCAAGGUCGAAGUGUGCGACAGAACGGAGCUCACCGAGGAGUACAUGCGCUCGACCGCCGCCGCUCCCGCGAGUCCCUAUUCGAGCCCCUACAACAGCCCACUGCAGGCUCGCCUGAAUGCCAGCCGAGGCACCGCCGGGGGCUCGCAGCUGGGCUCCUCCUCCAACAAGACGCUCCAGGGCCACCCGGUGUACACCAUGGGCGCGCCGACGGUCAACGUGGGCGGCAAGUCGAAGCGCAUCGUCAUCCCGCCUUCCGUCGCUUACCACGGCUGA